UUAGAGGUGUUCCCACCCCACCCAUUUGACAGAGGCAGAAACCGAAGCCCAGGCCGGCAAGUGACCAGCUCAAGGUCACACAGCAAGUUAGAGGUGGAGGUUGAACAGGAGCGCAGGCUGGCUGCUUGCCAACUCAUCUUAUUUCCAGAGAGAAAACAGUUCUGGUGUCUGGGGUCAGGGUGGACCACCAGCCUCCUAUCUUUUCCCAUCUCCUUUGUAGACGAGCUCUGUUUCUGGGCUGGUCCUCCCCUUCUUCCUCUCCCUUCCCCCCUGGGCUUUUUUAAUUAAAGAGAGGAAUAAUUUAUCCCACAAAGCUCUGUGCUUUACAGGUAGUGUAACCUGAGGCAGGUACAGUGAUUACCCCCCUCCCACGGUGGGGCCUGAGGGGUUUGGAGGAAAGGAUUUCUGGUCAUUCGCUGGAAACAUUUCCCGAGGAUCUGUUAUGUACCAGGCACCAUCCUAAGCCCCAGGAUGCACCCCUUCCCUCACAGAGCGGGCAUUCUGGUGGAGAAGACAAACAAUGAAGGAGGAAAUAAAUACAGGUGCUUUCAAAUGGGCUCUUUGAGUACGUGACAUAUCUUGGUCUUAAAGUUCUGAUGGCCUUUAUGAUCUGUUGGGGUUAGACUGGAAACUUUUUAAGGCCCCUCUCUACUUAAUGGAAACCCUGGUGGCGUACUGGUUAAGAGCUACGUCUGCUAACCAAAAGGUCAGCAGUUUGAAUCCACCAGGUGCUCCUUGGAGCUCUAUGGGGCAGUUCUACUCUAUCCUGUAGAAUCGCUAUGAGUUGGAAUCGACUCGACGGCAGUGGAUUUGGUUUUUUAUUUUUCUCUACUUAAUGGCAACUCACAACAACCAGGCUUGGGCGGGGAGGGGGCAGUGAUGCUUCAGUGGUAGAAUUUUCCCCUGCCAUAUGGGGGACCCGAAUUCAAUAUCUGGCCAAUGCACCUUAGCACAGCCCACCACUUGUCUGUCAUUGGAGGCUUGCAUGUGGCUAUAAUGCUAAACAGGUUUCAGCAGCGCUUCCAGACUCAGAUGGACCAGGAAGAAAGGUCUGGCAGUCUACUUCAGAAAAUCAGCCAGUGAAAACCCUGUGGAGCACUCCAGUCUGAUCCUGUUGUGCAUGGGGUUGCCAUGAGUCAGGGGGAUGGGUAUCCAACUUUAUGGCAGCUAACAACAACAACGGUAACGGGGGGCAGCUGGCUUUGUUUUCUAAUAAACGGAGGAGUGACCCCCCUUUCUGAAGAUGGUGACUUUGUCAGCCUUCUCUGGGACACUGCAGGGUCUUUUAGGAUUUGAGAGUCCUAAAGUUAAUCACUGGCCUGCUGCUUCCGACUACAGGUGGCCUCUCCCAGGGACAGAGUUGAUGGGACUUGAGCUGAGGCAGAGGGAGGAAUUUUCUAGGAUUGGAGGAGUCUACCAAUCUUGACUAUGACACUGUGAUCUCUGGCUGUGCAUGCCCCUCCCUGGUCUCAGUUUCCCCAUGUGUAACAUGAGGAGACUGGGUGCUGCAGCUCAGAAAUUCUGCCCCAGGAGCUGUUUGGGGCUGAUGUACUCCUGUGCUCUUGUACGGAUGGUGGUCCAGGGUCGUCAUGUGGCAGCCAAAUGUCAUGGUCUCGAGGUUGGCAAGGAUCUGCUGAAGGACCCUCAGACUGUGUGCUGGGGUACACCUGUCUGCAAAGGGGAUAUGGGACUGAGGUCCUUUGGGCCUGACUGUCCUGUGAGUGGUUGUCAGGGAGACUGUGUAUCUCACUAUGUCUGCCUUUCUCUCUCUCUUCCCAGGGUAAAGUGGAGUACCUGGUGAAGUGGAAAGGAUGGCCCCCAAAGUACAGCACGUGGGAGCCGGAAGAGCACAUCCUGGACCCCCGCCUGGUCCUGGCCUAUGAGGAGAAACAAUUAGGACAGGUAGGAGCCUGUCUCUUGCCGGUUCACACAGCAUCUGAGCAGAGCUUCACUUACAGAAGGAUCCACCAUUGGCAUCAACUCUCCCAGGAUGUUCAGAGACUGAUUCCAUGGACAGGGAGGAGAGAGACCGAGCAUCCGGGUACAGGAAGAGAGGUCCGAAACCCAAGCGACUUCUGCUGCAGCGGCUGUACAGCAUGGACCUGCGCAGCUCCCACAAGGCCAAGGGCAGGGAGAAGCUCUGCUUCUCCCUGACGCGCCCACUCGGCAGCGGGAGCCCCGAGGGGGUGGUCAAGGCGGGGGCGCCCGAGCUGGUGGACAAGGGCCCCUUGGUGCCCACCCUGCCCUUCCCGCUCCGCAAGCCGCGCAAGGCCCACAAGUACCUGCGGCUCUCACGCAAGAAGUUCCCGCCCCGCGGGCCCAGCCUGGAGAGUCACAGCCAUCGACGGGAGCUCUUCCUGCAGGAGUCACCGGCCCCAGGCGUCCUGCAGGCAGCCGGCGAGUGGGAGCCCGCUGAGCAGCCCCCCGAAGAGGAGGUCUCUGUUUCUCCCAUGGCUGCAGCAGAUGCAGACCUGACCGAUGGUCCUCCUUCCUGGACACCCACGCUCCCCCCAAGUGAAGUGACAGUGACUGACAUCACCGCCAACUCCAUCACCGUCACCUUCCGCGAGGCCCAGGCAGCUGAGGGCUUCUUCCGAGACCGCAGCGGGAAGUUGUGAAUCAUCGUUUUUACUCUUCUUAAACUGUUUCUUUUGGGCUUGGGGUGGGGACUUCCAGAGAUGGGGAGGGGGUGGGGCAGGGUAAUUAUUUUAUUUAAAAAAAUACCAAAACCGAAGGAGGAGGGAAAAUCCCAGCACUACCCACCACCCCCCCGCCCCAACCUACCCGUUUCUCAGUGAGGGAUGUUUACAGAGAGGCUCCGGGGUGGGGAGGCCUGGCUCUGCUCAGCCAGCUGAGAGGCCAUCCCCAGGGCAGGAUGGGGAUGGGCCACCUCCCCAGACACCUCCAUCGUCUCCGUUCUUCCCUAGAGACACAGCAGUGGUUUCAGGAGUUAAAGGAGAAUCAGAUGGCCCAGAUCCUCUCCCUCAAGCAGCCCACCCCACCCUUUCUGGCUGAUCUCCGCCCCCCGUUUUUUUGGUUGGGUCUUUAUUUUGAACUUUCCACUCCAGCUUUGCUGUGGAAUGUGGAGGCUGGCUUUGAGCAAAGAUGACUGGGUCAGAGAGAGGGCUUUGUGUGAGCUGGGGCACUGUCCCCCUCCCUUCAGAGAGGUCCCAGCCUUCCCUGGGAGGAAGCUUCACACUGAGACCCAUCGCCCCAUCACAGCAUGGGCGGGACCCUUCUGCUGGUAACUGCCCCCUCAACUGGCCUGUGCGGGUGUGUACACGUGCCUCCCCCACCCCAAACAUUCACACCUGCCCUCCUGACGUAUGUACUUGUCUAUAGCCGUGUCCAGGGGGGUCUUGCAAACCUACUGUUUAGAAACCUGCCCAGGUGAACACGGGGUGAUUCACAGCACAAAAGAGCUCACCCCAGGCACCCACACUCCCUUGCCUUGCCUGGCUUGCUUGCAGAGGCCAGUGGAGGCGGGGCCUCUGGGCUUGGUGCCCUCUGACGCUCCAGCUGCGCAGGCAUGGCGUGUGGUUUCACCUGGCCAGACUGCCAAGUUGUGCCACUGCAUCAGUGCAGGGUCCAAGAUGCUCCGACCCUGUCCUUCCUCCCUGCGGGCCUUUGUUCUUUCUGACUCAGGUGACUUCAGCCCUCCAACUCUCCUCUUUUUCUACCCUCUUCUCCAACUCAGCCAACCCAGGUUUGGGUGUGGGUGGCCAGGGAGGAAGGGGGCAUCCCACCACCUUCUCAGGGCAGUCCUCGACCCUGAACACCCCCUUCCUCCUUCCAUUAUGUAACCCCCUCCAAGUCAACCCAAAUCCCACAGGUGGGGCUGACCUUGUUUUCCUUGGGGGAGAGGGGGUUCUGCCCGGUCUUCCAUGGGGCCACAGUGUGUUGGGAGCAGGCUGGGUUCAAGGGGCUGUGUCUGCCAGGAGGAGGUGCACUUGUUCUCUGAAUUAUACUCAGGUGCCCUGUGGGCAAGUAGCUUCCCUGCCAGUGAGGACCCCCUUCUGCCCCUGCCCCAGCCUCAGAUGGGGAGGCACCAGGGGAGCACACAGAAGGCUGGCUCCCUACCCUUCCCAUUGUCAGUCAGGGUAAUCCACAGAGAGGGUGUGGCCAGGAGCCUGCCUCCCCAGGACUGUCCUGACCCUGUCCUGUGUCCUCAGGAAGUCAUCAGAAUCUCUAGUGAGGCAUGGAUAGGGUGAUUCUUCACCCCACCCCUUCUUCCGGAGUUCCCACACCAAAGACAACCUGCACUCCAUGUCCGUUUGGGGUGCCCUGUUGGCAAGAUUCCAAAUCCUCGAGUCUCUCCCUCCUUCCCCCUUAAUCCUUAGUUAUCCAGGGUCAAUUUCUGUGCUUCCACUGGGGGACAGUUCCCUCCUGGGUGACUGAUUCAUCCCCAGCCCAGGGAGUUGAAUCCAGGAGAGUAUGUGGGUGUGGGUCAGGAAAAGGAAGGGGAGCAGAGAAGCCCGCCCAUCCAGUUGUGGGACCCUGAGGAGGGGAAGCAAAGGUUUAGAAUUGGGGUGCGGGGGCCCUUCCAGGAUGGGACCUCUAGGCUGAGAGGACACAGGCUGCCCCAGGCCUGGAUUGGAGGAGGGGGGGUGGGCGCCGUCUCUCCAGCUAAGUUCUCUAGGGUCCUCACCAUCCCUAUGCACUUUGCUCUUGGCCCUGUGGCUUUGGAAUGUGGCUGGCAGCUUCUAGUAGACGUCAUACGCCCGACCUCCCAGGAGGCACGGGACCUCUUACUGCUUCAUGGGCACAUUCAAAGAGCUGAUUGUGCAAUUGGGGGUUUGUGGGUUGGGGGGGUGGUUAAAGCCCCACCUUCUGGCUUCAGGCAGGCUGAACGCCAAGUGGGGCCUGGGCUUGAGGAACCAGUCUGGAGCAGCCAGGUGCCUCAGCGCUUGUGGGCUUUUAGGACCUUUCUCGCCAGGACAGGAGACUUCAGUGAGGGGCUGGGUGUGGCCGAGCAGGCCGCCUUCCCGCCCACAGAGUCCCAGCAGGGCCUGGGGUGAGAGGAGGCCAGGUGGACACCGACCUCCCCCCACCACCAGGGCCCACUGGAAGGCCAGUAUUCAUGGGGUUGGUGGGGGCUUAGGGUCCCACCACCUUUCUUUGCCCUGUUCGCCUCCCGCCCCCGCCCCGUUUUGAAUGUAGAGAGACCAGUCGGUACUUUUUGUUUUGCUGUGAGGGUGAAAUUAGAAGUAUGUUCUUCCACCCCUAGCACGGCCCACUUCCGGUGCGCGGUUGAGCACUGGUGGCUUCGUGGUUUCACUGCUUUUAGGGUGGUAAUCCCCAGCCCAUUUCCUCCUCUUCUCUCGCUCCCUGGGAAGGCACUAUGCUUCUGUAAGGUGGUUUGGCUUAUGUUUUAUAAGUGGCCAGACGUGGCCGCCGGAUCUCAGCACAAGAGCGCUUCCUUUGCACAGAGUGAGCCUCGAGCUUUGUUCAGACUCAAUGAAUGUAUUUGGGGGGGGCUGGGGCCCAUGGAUUCCAAGCACAUGCCUUUGCUGAGUGAGUGUGUGCUGGGGAGAGUUAGAGUGGAUGCAGAGCCUGGUUUUAUUUUUGUACUGAUAUGGUAAGAGACUGUAUAGCAUCUAUUUAUUUAGAUGAUUUAUCUGGUAAAUGAGGCAAAAAAUUAUUAAAAAUACAUUAAAGAUGAUUUAAAAAAAAAAAAAGCUGUUUGGCACUGAUCAUUCCUUAUGGCAGUCUUGCAACUGUGCUAAUAAAAGAGUUCUGGCCCUGACCUUGGGAUGAGGUCGCAGGUCUGACAGAUACUGACCAGGAUGUUGGACAAGUCAUUCAGUUUUCUGAGCCCUCAAGGUAUGCUGCAAGGAUUAAUUCAGGUGAUGGAUGGGAAAGUGAUUUGGGAAAUGGAAACUGUAGCGUGUAGAUGGGUGGAUGCCCACCACUGUAGUCCUGGCAAUGUUCUCAGAUGCCCUGCAGGGCUUCAGAGAGCUUCUCCAACCUGUUUUAGAACCCAAUGGUGGUUAGCAUCCCAGAUCUCUGUAAUUCUGGGUUCUGGAACCCGGGACCGUCAUGGGGCUAACUCUCAUCUACUGUUCUAUUCAUCUAGUCUCAGCACACCUAUCAAUCCUUAGUGGUGGUCAGAGCAAAAGGAAUGAGAGACAGCAGAGUCCUUCAGGCAUAUUGGCAUUUUAUGUUCAUCGCUGGCUAUAGUGUAGAGAUUGGAUGGGAGCUGGCAGGGCGGGCAGUGGGGGAAUAGUUAGGAGGCUGUUGUAGCCGUUCAGGUGAAGGAUGGCUGUGGCCACAACUAUGGAAGUGCCAGUGAAAGGGAGAGAAAUGGAUAGAACUGAAGAUACAUUUGUUGUUGUUAGGUCCUGUCAAGUCAGCUCCGACCCAUAGCGACCCUGUGUGUGACAGAAGAAAACACUGCCUGGUCCUGCACCAUCCUCACAAUUAUUAUUGUGCUUGAAUGCACUGUUGCAGCCACUGUGUCAGUCCAUCUCGUUGAGGGUCUUCCUCUUUUUCGCUGACUCUCUACCAAGCGUGAUGUCCUUCUCCGGGGACUGACCACUCCUGAUAACAUGUCCAAGGUAUGUGAGACGACUUCUCACUGUGCUUACUUCUAAGGAGCAUUCUGGCUGUACUUCUUCCAAGACAGAUUUGUUCCUUCUUUGUCAGUCCGCUGUAUAUUCAGUAUUCUUUGCCAGCACCAUAAUUCAAAGGCAUCGAUUCUUUGGUCUUCCUUAUUCAUUGUCCAGCUUUCACAUGCAUAUGAUGCGAUUGAAAAUACCAUGGCUUGGGUCAGGUGCACCUUAGUCUUCAAGGUGACAUCUUUGCUCUUCAACACUUUAAAGAAGUCCUUUGCAGCAGAUUUACCCAAUGCAAUGCAUCUUUUGAUUUCUUGACUGCUGCUUCCAUGGAUGUUGAUUGCCGAUCCAAGUAAAAUGAAAUCCUUGACAACUUCAAUCUUUUCUCCAGUUAUCAUAAUGUUGCUUACUGGUCCAGUGGUGAGGACUUUUCUUUUCUUUAUGUUGAGGUGUAAUCCAUACUGAAGGCUGUGGUCUUUGAUCUUCAUGAGUAAGUGCUUCGAGUCCUCUUCACUUUGAGCAAGCAAGAUUGUGUCAUCUUCAUAACACAGGUUGUUACUGAGUCUUCCUCUAAUCCUGAUGCUCUGUUCUUCUUCAUAUAGUCCAACUUCUUGGCUUAUUUUUUCAGCAUACAGCUGGAAUAAGUAUGGUGAAAGGAUACAACCCUGACGCACACCUUUCCUUACUUUAAACCUUGCACUAUCCCCUUUUUCUGUUCCAAUGACUGCCUCUUAAUCUAUGUACAGGUUCCUUUUGAGCACAAUUAAGUGUUCUGGAACUCCCAUUCUUUGCAGUGUUAUCCAUUAUUUGUUACGAUCCACAGAGUUGAAUGCCUUUGCACACUUGAAAAAACAGGUAAACAUCUUUCUGAUAUUCUCUGCUUUCACCCAGGAUCCAUCAGCGAUGAUAUCCCUGGUUCCACGUCCUCUCAAUCCAGGCUAAAUUUCUGGCAGUUCCUUGUUGAUGUCCUGCUGCAGCUGCUUUUGAAUGAUCUUCAGCAAAAUUUUGCUUGUGUGUGAUAUUAAUGAUAUUGUUCUGUUGGAUCACCUUUCUUUUGAAUAGACGUAAAUAUGGAUCUCUCCUAGUCGGUUGGCCAGGUAGCUGUAUUCCAAAUUUCUUGGCAUAGUGAGUACUUCCAGCGCUGCAUCUGUUUGUUGAAACAUCUCAGCUGGUAUUCCAUCAAUUCCUGGGGCCUUGUUUUUCGUCAGUGUCUUCAGUGCAGCGUGAACUUCUUCCUUCAAUACCAUUGGCUCUUGAUCAAGUGCUACCUCCAGAAAUAGUUGGACAUCGCCCAUUCUUUUUGGUACAGUGACUGUCUCUAUUCUUACCAUCUUCUUUUGAUGCGUCCUCUGUUGUUCAGUAUUUUGCCCAUGGAAUCCCUCCCUACUGCAACUCAAGGUUUGAAUUUUUCCUUCAUUCUUUCAGCUUGAGAAAUGCCAGGCGUGUUCUUUUGUUUUGGUUUUCUAACUCCAGGUCUUUGUGUGUGUCGUUAGAAUACUUUACUUUGUCUCUCUAGCCGCCCUUUGGAAUCUUCUGUUCAGCUCUUUUACUUCAUCAUUUCUUCCCUUUGCUUUAGCUACUCAACGUUCAAGAGCAAGUUUCAGAGUCUUUUUCGUCAUCUGUUUCGGCCUUUCCUUUCUCUUCUGUCUUUUUAAUGACCUCUUGCUUUCUUCAUGUAUGGUGUCCUUCACGUCGUUCCACAACUUGUCUGGUCUUUGGUCAUUAGCGUUCAACAUGUCAAAUCUAUUCUUGAGAUGGUCUCUAAAUUCAGGUGGGAUAUACUCAAGGUUGUACUUUGGCUCUCAUGGACUUGUUCUAGUUUCCUUCAGCUUCAACUUGAACUUGCACGUGAGCAAUUAGCCACAGUUGGUCCCUGGCCUUGUUCUGACUGAUGAUUUUGAGCUUUUCUAUCACUCUUUCCAAGAUGUAGUCGAUUUGAUUUCUGUGCAUUCCGUCCGGCGAGGUCCACAUGUAUAGUUACCGCUUAUGUUGUUGAAAAAAAGGUAUUUGCGAUGAAAAAGUCGUUAGAUCUUGCAAAAUCCUAUUAUGUGAUAUCCAGCAUUGUUUCUAUCGCCAAGGCCAUAUUUUCCAGCUGUUGAUCCUUCUUUAUUUCCAACUUUUGUAUUCCAAUCGCCAGUAAUUAUCAUUGCAUCCUGAUUGCAUGUUGGAUCAAUUUCAGACUGCAGAAGUUUGUAAAAAUCUUUAAUUUCUUUAUCUUUGGCCUCAGUGGUUGGUGUGUAAAUUUGAGUAAUAGUCAAAUUAACUGGUCUUCCUUGAAGGCGUAUGGCUAUUAUCCUAACAUUAAUAGCGUUGUACUUCAGAAUAGAUUUUGUAACGUUCUUUUUGAUGAUGAAUGCCACGUCAUUCCUCUUCAAUUCGGUCAUUCCCAGCAUAGUAGACCAUGUGACUGUCUGAUUCAAAAUGGCCAAUACCGGUCCGUUCCAUCUCACUAAUGCCUAGGAUAUCAAUGUUUAUGCAUUCCAUUUCAUUUCUGAUGAUUUCCAUUUUUCCUAGAUUCAUACUUCGUACAUUCCAGGUUCCAAUUAUUAAUGGAUGUUUGAGCUGUUUCUUCUCAUUUUGAGUCAUGCUACGUUAGUAAAUGAAGGUCCCAAAAGCUUGACUCCAUCCAUGUCGUUAAGGUCAACUCUAGUUUGAGGAAGCAGCUCUUCUCCAGUCGUCUUUUGAGUGCCUUCCAACCUGAGGGGCUCAUCUUCUGGCACUAUGUCAGUGUUUCACUGCUAUUCAUAAGGUUUCCACUGGCCACUUUUUUUCAGAAGUAGACUGCCAGGUCCUUUUUCCUGCUCUCUCUUAGUCUGGAAGCUCAGCUGAAACCUGUUGACCCUGGGUGACCCUGCUAGUAUUUGAAUACCAGUGGCAGAACUUCUAGCAUCAUAGCAACAUACAAGCCCCUACAUAAUGACAAACUGACAGAUGCAUGGUGAAAAGAUACAUUUAGGAGGUAGAAUUGUCAAGACAUGGUGACUCAUUUCAUGUGAGAGAGAGAGAAGUGUCAAGAUUAUGCCCAGGUUUCCAGUUUGGGCAACUGGGUCAAUGGUGAUUCUUCAAAUAAACAGAGACUAAAGGAGAAGAAGUAGGUCUGGAAAUGUCUUAACUUAGCCACACCAAAAGUAGAGCCUAAGACAAAAAUUUUAUGUGCAGUGAGUAUUUGGGAGGUGAUCUAAGAAGCUGGGCUGAGGAGCUAGGAAGAAUGGGUCAGGGAAGGAAGAAAAGCCAUUAUAAGGUGCAUUAUUGAGGUCACCAUAUUGGCAACUGGGGUGGGAUUCUUCUGGGACCACCUGAGAAAUGUACAGAAAGGACAUCCUCAAAUCUGUCCACUCCCAGAGGAUGGGAGGCAGGAGCAUUAUCCACUGAUUCCCAUCCCACAUUGGUUGAGGGUUGCCCCUGGAGGUGCUAACCCCUAAUUCCAAGAUGUGCAUAUACCAGCUUCCACCUUCACCUCUGUCUGCUGUGCUGCAAGAGCAUGGGUUAGAAAGUGAAGACAUGCUGCCAGUUGAAUCCCACAUGGAACUGUCCACCUAGCCACGUGAAAUCAGAGAUGAAGCCAAAAGAAUGUGAGUUAGGCCACUAGAGAUGUCUGAUACAGUCCACCCCUUGAACUGGUCUGCUCUACUCAGUCUCCACUAUAAAUCCACUCUUUCACUGCCUCUUCAAAGAGGUGGCCAGUUACAUUCGCUAUAAAAGAUUUAAUAACUAAUUGGUUAGUGGAACAAACCACAGUCCUAGUGCUGCCGCUGGUCCCAACGCAGUAACUGACAUUCAUCAUCUCCCUCCUUCACCACCCAUUCUCUAUUCCCCUCACUCUCAGCAGCAUUUCCACCUCUGGGCAGGGGUAGAGGUGACCCAGACCUUCAUGAAAAGCCUGAGCCCAUGUUGAUUUGCCCUUGUCGGGUCAGGCUGAGGUUGCUGUAAUUGCCCUGCAAACUGGGCAUGGAUGCACCAAGAGAUGCUUCAGUGACUACCCUAAGUUGCAGAAAAGCUCCUCUCUGCCCAGAUUAUGUGGCGGUAACCCUAGUAUCUCAUGGUAAUUACAGUGGGUUAACCUCACCAAUUUCAUAACUAUUUCUUUUCGCCUGCUGGUUUACUAGCUCUAGGAGCCCUGAGUGACCAGGUAGAAGUUGUAGUUUCAGUUUCUGAGGACUCCUUACACUGUCCCCUGAUGGAAGCAUUCCUUUCCCUGGAAACUAAGACCUCUAAUCCACCAAGGUCUAAGUUGCAGUGGUGAAGAGCACAAAUUCUGCAAGUAGGUCACAACGAGUGAUGAUGAGAAGGGCCAAUCCAAAUGCUACCUCUUGGUUCUCCCUGGACAUGGCACCAUUGGUUCAGUGAAUAUACUGAAUACUCAAUCAGUAGACUGUUGUCCUGAACUGGUGCCUUAGCUGAGCUUUAGCAGGCAAUUCCACUGUUCUGUUAGGCCAGCAGUUUUUGAGUGAUACAGCAUAUGGUAGGACCAGUGGAUCCCAUGAUCAAGCAUACAUUGUUGUACCUCUUUUUCUAUAAAAUACAUCCCUUGCUCUGAAGCUCUGUUAUAUGGGAACCGUGUUGGUAAAUCAGAAAUUUUGUAGACUUUCGGAUGGUAGCAAUGGCAUAGAUACUAGAGGCAAGGAAGGCAAAGCCAUGUCCUGAGUAGGUGUCUUAGUCAUCUAGUGCUGCUAUAACAGAAAUACCGCAAGCGGAUGCCUUUAACAAAGAAAAGUUUAUUCUCUCACAGUCCAGUAGGCUAGAAGUCUGAAUUCAGGGCGCCGGCUCCAGGGGAAGGCUUUCUCUCUCUCUCAGCUCUGGAGGAAGGUCCUUGUCAUCAGUCUUCCCUUGGUCUGGGAGCAUCUCAGCACAGAAACCUCGGGUCCAAAGGACACAUUUUGCUCCUGGCACUGCUUUUUUGGUGUUAUGAGGUCCCUAACUCUCUGCUUACUUCCCGUUCCUUUUACCUCUUGAGAGAUAAAAGGUGAUGCCGGCCACACCCCAGAGAAACUUCCUUUGUAUUGGAUCAGGGGUGUGACCUGGUAAGGGUGUUACAAUCCCACGCUAAUCCUCUUUAACAUAAAAUUAUGAUCUCAAAAUGGAGGACAACCACAGAAUACUGAGAAUCAUGGCCUGACCAAGUUAAUACACACAUUUUGGGCGGGGGGGGACAUAAUUCAAUCCAUGACAGUAGGUGUCACAUCUGACAAGCAUGAGUUUCUUACUCCUCCAGAAGGGGAGUCCAAUGUAUUCAACUUGCCACGAAGUUUCCAGCUAAUCACCUCGAAUGAUGGUACCAUAUCAAGGGCUCGCCAUCAGUAUCUGCCUCUGGCCACUUGGACGUUCAUCAUCUACAGUAACUAGCCUUAAGACAAGCUUUGUGAAAGGAAGCCCAUGUUGUGCCCACACAUAGCCUCCAUUUCCACCCCUCUGGCCAUUCAUUUGGGAGAUUUGUUGUGCAGGGCUGGGGUGACAAGGACAGAGGUUGGCUGAUCUCCACAGGAUGAAUCAUGAGCGUCUCCUCUAUCGUGAAUGUUCUCUGACGGGUACUAAUGUGAGAUACAAAAUCAUCCUACUUUGUGUCCUUCAAGAGAACAUGUAAGGGAUGGGUCCUCUGGAGUCAUGUAAUAAAUCCAUUCAAAAAAUUCCGCCAACCCGAGCAUUCUGGCUCCUUCCUGAAAACUAUGCCAAGGCUGUUUUUCCAUCUGUUAUGGUCACCUUCGGGGGCAGAUGGACCCCCACUCAAAAUAUGCUUAGUAUGUCAGGACAUAUGACUCUACUCACACACCAAGAAGUUAUGAAAAAGAUUUAUUACUGCCAUAAUUGAGGUCUUUGUGGGAGAGCAGGGUGGGCCUGUCAAGCAGGCAAUCUCCUGAGAGAGUAAGAAAAGGAACCUGGCCUGGGAUUUUAUUGUCAUUGGGGGUGGAGUGUUCCUGCUUUGGUAGGGGCUUAUGUGGCUUGAAUAUCUUGCCAGCACUAAAGGAGCACCCAGGCUUUCUUGUCAGCUUGCCCAGAUGUGGGGCACGACGGGAAGAGAGAAAGGUGAGGCUUAGAAGUUGUUAGCAGUUAAACAUGAAAAAGUGGAGUCAGACAGUAUCUCCAUUCUGUACUAAGCCAUUGUCAUGCUCAAGUUUCAAGGAGCCAUCUUGGCAGUGUAUAGGGACUGGCACCAGGUGUCCUCGUCGCCUUUUUAAACUUGGAGUCAUGGGAGAAUGUUCCUAUGUCAAUAAACCUUUCCUUUCCAAGUUUCUUUUAUACCUUCUAAGUCUCUGUUAUGGAUUGAAUUGUGUCCCCCAAAAAUGUGUAUCAACUUGGUUGGGCCAUGGUUCCCAGUGUUGUGUGCUUGUCCACCAUUUUGUUAUCUGAUGUGAUUAUCCUAUGUGUUGUAAAUCCUACCUCUAUGAUGUUAAUGAGGCAGGAUUAGAGGCAGUUAAAUUACUGAGGCAGGACUCAAUCUUCAAGAUUAACGUUGUGUCUUGAGUCAAUCUCUUUGAGACAUAAAAGAGACAAGGGAGCAGAGACACAAGGGGACCUCAUGCCACCAAGAAAUAAGAGCCAGGAGAGUAGCGUAUCCUUUGGACCCAGGGUCCCUGCACAAAGCAACUCAUCCAUCAGGGAAGAUUGAUGACAAGGAUCUUCCUCCAAAGCCGACACAGAGAGAAAAGCCUUCCCCGGAGCUGGCACACUGAAUUCAGACUUCUAGCCUCCUAGACUGUGAGAGAAUACAUUUCUCUAUGUUAAUGCCAUCUACUUGUGGUAGUUUUGUUAUAGCAGCACUAGAUAACUAAGACAGAAUUUGGUAGUGGGAUGCUGCUCUAAAAUGUGAAACCGUGAAUGGACAGAAGCUGGAGGAGUUUUAAAGUGCUUAACAGUAAAAGCCUAGACUGCCUUAAAGAGACUGUUGGUGGAAUUAUGGCACAGAUGGCAAGAAGCAGCAGCAGAGAAACUUCAGCAGCAGAAUCAGGAGACCAGCGUGACAGCACUGGAGCUGACCCACGGAGCAAGAGAGCUGAGUGCUUUUUUGCAGGAGACUUGCUGGCAGAGCUGGGUGCCUCCGGGCACUUAUGGGUGGAGCUAGGUUUGCUGACCCAACCGAGAAGGAGAGCUGAAAUUCCAACCGAACUUUACUGGGGGAGUGGGGUGCCUCCAGGCAUGUAUGGGUGGAGCUAAAGAGCUUUGGAACACUUGCCCCAGCGGGGCAGACGUAGGUAGAGAGGCCUGAGGGGCUGAGAGGCCAAGGAACCGGGAAGCAGAAGCUGAAGAAACAAGAAACACAGGAAGCAGAGCUGCCUCAGUCUCAAAAGGGUAGGGUCCUUGGCCUCUGGGGUCUCAAAGGGUGGAGUUGCCACUCAGACUAGGAGGAUGGGGCUGCAUAAAGCGGAGGGAGCAGAGUUUCUGUCCCAGUGGGCCUGGAAGGUGGAGCUGAAGCCCAGGGCUGAGGGGCCUCCACCCAGAAUCUGGAAAGUGUAGCCAACAUCCAGAGUCUGGAGGGCAGGGCCAUUGCCUAAAUGGUCUCAGAGAACAGAGGAUUAUUUUCAAGCCUUGAGAGCUAAUGUAAUCUGUUCUGCUGACUGACUUGCUUGGUACCUGUUAUCCCUUCUUUCUCUCCAAUUACUCCCAUUUGUAAUGGAAAUGCCUAGCUUGUGCCUGUUCCUUUGGACCUGGGGUCCCUGUGCUGAGAAACUCCUUGACCGGGGAAGAAUGAUGACAAGGACCUUCCCACAGAGCUGACAGAGAAAGAAAACCUUCCCCUGGCUGAUACCCUGAAUUCAGACUUCUAGCCUCCUAGACUGUCAGAGAAUAAAUUUCUUUUUGUUAAAGCCAUCCACUGUGGUAUUUAUUUCAUAGCAGCACUAGAUAACUAAAACAGUCCCAAACCCUCAAAAUUAGGUCCCGUAUUUGUUUUCCAAGUUCUUGCUAGUACAUAAUUAUCCAAUCCCGUUGCUGUCCAGUUGAUUCUGACUCAUAGCGACCCUAUAGGACGGGGUAGAACUGCCCCAUAGGGUUUCCAAGGAGUGGCUUGGUAGAUUUGAACUGCAGACCUUUUGAUUAGCAGCUGAGCUCUUAACCACUGCACCACCAGGGCUCCAUAUAUUAUCCAGGUCCUGCAAUUCUUUUUGUGAGUAAUUAUUUCCUCCUGGAGAGGGAGUGUACUUCCCUGCUUGGUCUGUGCUGAAAUGAGAUGAAGGUGAAUUUUGAGGAGAAAAAUUAUAAUCUUGAGGGGUAUCUGCCUAAGACCUUUGCAUGGUCACCAGGGAAAGGGAGACUGCUCUUCUCUAGCAAGGAGGACAGGGCUUCUUAUGCCCGCUGGGAGGCUUCAGAGGAAUCCAAAGGUCGAGUUUUUAAGGCCCAUUAUCCUAAAUGUGUUCAUCCAAGGGCUCAGGGUUCUGCUCCUUGCCUUUCAGUGCCCUUGCCUUUAGCAUAAGAGAUCUGUUGUGGCUGUGUGUGCAGUCUCUUUUGCAGCUCUGCCAUCCUUACAAUUAAGUUCUGGGCCUAAUUGUCAGCAGAGUGUUCCCCGUGGCUGCAGGAGAUUGUUUUCAUUGUUGUUGUUAGGUGCCAUUGAGUUGGUUCUGACUCACAGUGACCCUAUAUACAACAGAACAAAACACUACCCAGUCCUGCGCCAUCCUCAUAAUCAUUGCUAUGUUUGAGGCCGUUGUUGCAGCUGCCAUGUCAGUCCAUCUCAUUGAGGGCUUUCCUCUUUUUCGAUGACCUUCUACUUUACCAAGCAUGUUGUCCUUCUCCAGGGACUGGUCCCUCUUGAUAACGUGUCUAAAAUAUGUGAGAAGAAGUCUCGCCAUCCUCACUUCCAAAGAGCACUCUGGCUGUAUUUCUUCCAAGGCAGACUUGUUCAUUCUUCUGGCAGUCCAUGGUAUAUUCGAUAUUCUUUGCCAGCACCAUAAUUCAAAGGCGUCAAUUCUUCUUUGGUCCUCCUUAUUCAUUGUCCAGCUUUCGCAUGUAUAUGAGGCGAUUGAAAUAUCAUAGCUUGAAAACAUCAUGGAGGAGAUUAGAAUCUUUUUAAACAUUGUUAGGAAGGCCUCCUGGCUUUCGUGGCAUGGUCUGAGUGGAUAGUGGGCUAAUCUGAACCUGCCAUUCUCUCCCUUCAUGUUUUCACAUUGAGUCAAUGCCAUCAUCCAAGGGCUAGAGCUACUGUGUGUCCCAGUGCUUGUUUUUACUAUGUCCAUUCCGAGUCAUCAGGUGUAUUGCCACAUCCCCUAGCAUUGGGGUCCAUGUCUGACUGGGAGGUGAUCCAGAUCUGAAUCCCGUCUUGAAGACCUGCUUUCUAGGUCCACAUUCCGUACCUCUGUCUUAGUUCAAGUAUCCAUGGGAAUACAGUCUGCAACUAGGACUUGGGCUCAGUUCUUUAUUUGGGAAGUACUUCUAGGGAACAGGCCCCUAAUGGCUUAUGGCUGCACACGGUUAACGAGCUGCUAACCAAAAUGUUGGAGGUUCAAGUCCACCCAGAGUUGCCUUGGAAGAAAGGCCUGGCAAUCUCUUUAGAAAAAUCAGCCAUUGGAAACCCUAUGGAGCACAGUUCUGCUAUCAUGUACUUGGGGUCACCAUGAGUUGGAAUCGACUUGAUGGCAAUUUUUUUUUUUUUUUGCUGAUUUCUAGGGAGCAGGAGUGAGGACUAGGGAGAGAGGGGCAGGGAAAGAGGAAAAGCCAACAUACAGGUGUUAUUGAGGCUGACACUGUGGGCAACAGGGCCUUGAUGGUUCCACCUGGACUUUCUGAGAAGCAUUCAAAAUACCUCCUUAAAUCGCCCACCCAAAGACUAGGGGAUGGGAGCAUUUGUACACAGUCUCCCACACCUCAUUGUCACGGGUUGCCUCGGGGUGUUGACUCCCUUGUUCCUCUGAGCCGUGUGUGUGCAGAGGUCAAGGGGCUCCCACCUGUGUCCUGGCAUCAGAAGAGCCCCCAGAGCAGGAAGCGAAGAUGGAACUGUCCAUUCCGUCCAUGGCUAAUACCUGAGAUGAGGACGAAAGGAUGUGAAUUGAGUAAUCAAAGAUAUCUUGGAGGAAGGAAGAUGACAAGACCUGUUUUUUACAUUCUAAGUUUAAGGCGUAUGUGGGGUAUUCAGGCGGAAAGCUCCCACAAAUAGUUCACACACAGUCCUGAAUCUUAGGGGAGGAAAAAUAUGUUUGAUGCAAUUUCUUAUUUUUUAAGUUUUUAUUGUGGAAAGUUGCAAAUGUGCGAAAGUAGAGGCAACAGUAUAAAGAACCCCCACACGCCUUAUCACCAGGUUCCAUAAUCAUCAAUAUUAUCCCAUACUUGCUGAGACACAGAUGUGGGGUUUAUCAGCACAUACCAAAAACACACAGCCAUUGAGUUGAUUCUGACUUAUAGUGACCCUAUGGACAGAGUGGAACCGCCCGAUAGGGUGAGUGGGAAUUGACUUGAUGGCAAUGGAUUUGAUUUGGUUUUGGUGAUCUUUAUGGAAGUAGACUGCCACACCCUUGUCCAUGGAGUGGAGCAGCUGGUGGGUUCACCACAUGCUUUUAACCACUGUGCCACCAGGGUUUCUUCUCAGCACAUAAAACCAAACCAUGGCUGUCGGAGUGUCGCAAAAGUGGUGGGAGGUGUCUAGGGAGAGGGUUUAAGGGGGAAAGAAGGCAGCCAGGGUGUGUGAAGGGUGUGGUUGGUAAUGGCAGGUCUGAUUUGUCUGCCUCUUGUUUCCUAUGAGUCAGAAUGGACUCGAUGGCAAUGAGUUUGGCUUUUGGUUUUGUUUGGUUCCCUGGGCUGGGGGUAAGGGACCUGGCCUAAUCACUGACAGCACCUUGUCACCUCCCUUUAAAAAGUAAAGUGCUUAGCAUGUUUGGUCCUCAGCUUUGAGCACAGGAUGGCUCUCAUGCCUAUUACCUUAGCACACACAACAAUUUUCUGAGGUUGGUGCUGUUAUUGCACCCAUUUUUAAGGAUGGGAACAAAUGGUUAGAGAGGUUAUGGUUUGUUAUCUAAGGCCACACAGCUAGGACACAGUGGGAAUUUGACCCCAUGUCUGACAUCAGAGGCCUCAUUACUAAUCUCUAUACAAUGGUUCUCAAAGUUUUUGGUCUCAGGACCCAUUUAUACUCUUUUUUUAAAAAAUAAUAUUUUAUUGUGUUUUUGGUGAUAGUUUAUGCAGCAAAUUAGGUUCCCAUUUAACAAUUUCUAUACAUACUGUUAAGUGACAUUGGCUACAUUUUUUACAGUAUAUCAACAGUGUCCUCAUUUCUGUCCUGGUUGUUCCAUUUCCAUUAAUCUAGCUUUCCUGCUUUCCUACUCCCCGCCGUCUCAUUUUUAUUUUGGGGUAAAUGUUGACUGUUUGGUCUCAUGAAUGAUAUUCUUUGGUAUUCACAGGUAUUGUUUGUUACUCAUGGGUGAUAUUGCUUAUUUUAUAAGCUAAUCCUCACAACUGGAGCAGUGAGCAACAUCAUGAUAAACAGAGAAAAGAUUGAAGUUGUCAAGGAUUUCAUUUUACUUGGAUCCACAAUCAACAGCCAUGGAAGCAGCAGUCAAAUCAAAAGAUGCAUUGCAUUGGAUAAAUCUGCUGCAAAGGACCUCUUUAAAGUGUUGAAGAGCAGAGAUGUCGCCCUGAAGACUAAGGUGCGCCUGACCCAAGCCGUGGUAUUUUCAGUUGCAUCAUAUGCAUGUGAAAGCUGGACAAUGAAUAAGGAAGACCCAAGAAGAGUUGACGCCUUUGAAUUGUGGUGUUGGCGAAGAAUAUUGAAUAUACCAAGGACUGCCAGAAGAAUGAGCAAAUCUGUCUUAGAAGAAGUACAACCAGAAUGCUCCUUAGAAGCAAGGAUGGUGAGACUGCGUCUUACAUACUUUGGACGUGUUGUCAGGAGGGAUCAGUCCCUGGAGAAGAACACUAUGCUUGGGAGAGUACAAGGUCAGCAGAAAACAGGAAGACCCUCAACGAGGUGGAUUGACACAGUGGCUGCAACAAUGAGCUCAAGCAUAACAACGAUUGUAAGGAUGGCUCAGGACCGGGCAGUGUUUUGUUCUGUUGUUCGUGGGGUUGCUAUAAGUUGGAACCAACUGGACAGGACCUAACAACGACAACAACAACAACAACAAUCUGUUAUUUAGCUGAAGGGUGACCUCCUGGGAGUGGUUUCAGAGGGAUGUUUAGAUGGUAUCUCAGGGGGAUAGUCUCAGAGGUUUCUCUAGCCUCUACAGGUCCAGUAAGUCUGGCAUUUUUAAAAGAAAUUUGAGUUUUGUCCUACAUUUUUCUCCUGUUCUCUCUGGGACCAUUUAUUGUGUACCUGGUUCGACCAGUUGGUAGUAGUAGACGUGCACCAUCUAGUUCUUCUGGUCUCAGGAUAGAUGAAGUAGUUUUCCAUUGUGUGACUAUACCAUAAUUUAAUUAUCCAUUCAUCCAUUGAUGGGCACCAUGGUUGCUUCCAUCUUUUUGCUAUUGUAAACAGUGCUGCAGUAAACAUGGGUGUGCAUAUAUCUGUUCGUGUAAAGGCUCUUAUUUCUCUAGGAUAUAUUCUGAGGAGUGGGAUUGCUGGGUCAUAUGGUAAUUCUAUUUCUAGCUUUUUAAGGAAGCGCCAGAUUGAUUUCCAAAGUGGUUGUACCAUUUUACAUUCCCACCAGCAGUGUGUAAGUGCUCUAAUCUCUCCACAGUCUCUCCAACAUUUAUUAUUUUGUGUUUUUUGGGUUAAUGCCAGCCUUGUUGGAGUGAGAUGAAAUCUCAUUGUAGUUUCAAUGUGCACUUCUCUAAUGGCUAAUGAUGGUGAGCAUUUCCUCAUAUAUCUGUUAGCUACCUGAAUGUCUUCUUCAGUGAAGUGCCGUUUCAUAUCCUUUGCCCAUUUUUUAAUUGGGUUAUUUGUCUUUUUGUAGUUGAGUUUUUGCAGUAUCAUGUAGAUUUUAGAGAUUAGGCGCUGAUCGGAAAUGUCAUAGCUAAAAACUCUUUCUGAGUCUGUAGGUAGUCUUUUUACUCUUUUGAUGAAGUCUUUGGAUGAGCAUAGGUGUUUGAUUUUUAGGAGCUCCCAGUUACCUAGUUUUUCUUCUGCAUUCUUAAUAAUGUUUUGCAUACUGUUUAUGCCAUGUAUUAGGGCUCCUAACGUUCUCCCUAUUUUUUUCUUCCAUGAUCUUUAUCGUUUUAGAUUUUAUAUUUAGGUCUUUGAUCCAUUUUGAGCUCGUUUUUGUGCAUGGAGUGAGGUAUAGGUCUUGUUUCAUUUUUUUGCAGAUGGGUAUCCAGUUAUGCCAGCACCAUUUCUUAAAAAGACUGUCUUCUCCCCAUUUAACUGUUUUGGGGCCUUUGUCAAAUAUCAACUGCUCACAUGUGGAUGGAUUUAUGUCUGGGUUCUCAAUUCUGUUCCAUUGGUCUAUGUAUCUGUUGUUGUACCAGUACCAGGCUGUUUUGACUACUGGGGCAGUAUAAUAGGUUCUAAAAUCAGGUAAAGUAAGACCUCCCACUUUGUUCUUUUUCAGUAAUGCCUUACUUAUCCGGGGCCUCUUUCCCUUCCCCAUGAAGUUGGUGAUUUGUUUCUCCAUCUCAUUAAAGAAUGUCGUUGGGAUUUGGAUUGGAAUUGCAUUAAAUGUAUAGUUCGCUUUUGGUAGAAUAGAUGUUUUUAUAAUGUUAAGUCUUCCUAUCCAUGAGCAAGGUAUGUUUUUCCACUUACAUAAGUCCCUUUUGGUUUUCUUGCAGAAGUAUAUUGUAGUUUUCUUUGUAUAAGUCUUUUACAUCUCUGGUAAGAUUUAUUCCUAAGUAUUUUAUCUUCUUGAGGGCUAGUGUAAAUGGCAUUGAUUUGGUGAUUUCCUUUUCGAUGUUCUUUUUGUUGGUGUAGAGGAAUCCAACUGAUUUUUGUAUGUUUAUCUUGUAUCCUGAUAAGCUGCUGAACUCUUCUAUUAGUUUCAGUAGUUUUCUUGAGGAGCCCUUAGGGUUUUCUGUGUAUAAGAUCAUGUCAUCUGCAAAUAGAGAUACUUUUACUUCUUCCUUGCCAAUCUGGAUGCCCUUUAUUUCUAAUUGCUCUGGCUAGGACCUCCAACACAAUGUUGAAUAAGAGCGGUGAUAAAGGGCAUACUUGUCUGGUUCCCAAUCUCAGUGGGAAUGCUUUCAGGUCCUCUCCAUUUAGGAUGAUGUUGGCUGUUGGCUUUCUAUAAAUGCCCUUUAUUAUGUUGAGGAAUUUUCCUUCUAUUCCUAUUUUGCUGAGAGUUUUUAUCAUGAAUGGAUGUUGAACAUUGUCAAAUGCCUUUUCUGCAUCAAUUGAUAAAAUCAUGUGAUUCUUGUCUUUUGUUUUAUUUAUGUGGUGGAGUACAUUAAUUGUUUUUCUAAUGUUGAACCAUCUCUGCAUACCUGGUAUGAAUCCCACUUGGUCAUGGUAAAUUAUUUUUUUGAUAUGUUGUUGAAUUCUAUUGGCUAGAAUUUUGUUGAGGAUUAUUACAUCUACAUUCAUGAGGGAUAUAGGUCUGUAAUUUUCUUUUCUUGUGGUGUCUUUACCUGGUUUUGGUAUCAGGGAUAUGGCGGCUUCAUAGAAUGAGUUUGGUAGUAUUCCAUCCUUUUCUAUGCUCUGAAAUACCUUUAGUAGUAGUGGUGUUUACUCUUCUUUGAAAGUUUUGGUAGAACUCUGCAGUGAAGCCAUCAGGACCAGGGCUUUUUUUUUGUUGGGAGUUUUUUGAUUACCUUUUCAAUCUCUUCUUUUGUUAUGGGUCUGUUUAGUUGUUCUACCUCUGUUUGUGUUAGUUUAGGUAGGUAGUGUGUUUCUAGGAAUUCAUCCAUUUCUCCUAGGUUUUCAAAUUUGUUAGAGUACAAUUUUUCAUAGUAAUCUGAUAUGAUUCUUUUAAUUUCAGUUGGGUCUGUUGUAAUAUCACUCAUCUCAUUUCUUACUUGGGUUAUUAGCUUCCUCUCCUGUUUUUCUUUUGUCAGUUUGGCCAGUAGUUUAUCAAUUUUGUUGAUUUUUUCAAAGAAGCAGCUUUUGAUCUUGUUAAUUCUUUCAAUUGUUUUUCUGUUUUCCAUUUCAUUUAGUUCUGUUCUAAUUUUUAUUAUUUGUUUUCUUCUGGUGCCUUUGGUUUUCUUUUGUUGCUCUCUCUUUGCUCAAGUUGUAGGGAUAAUUCUUUGAUUUUGGCCCUUUCUUCUUUUUGGAUGUGUGCAUUUAUUGAUAUAAAUUGGCCUCUGAGCACUGCUUUUGCUGUGUCCCAUAGGUUCUGAUAGGAAGUGUUUUCAUUCUCAUUGGAUUCUCUGAAUUUCUUUAUUCCAUCCUUAAUGUCUUCUAUAAUCCAGUCUUUUUUAAGCAGGGUAUUGUUCAGUUUCCAAGUGUUUGAUUUCUUUUCCCUGCUUUUCCUGUUAUUGAUUUCCACUUUUAUGGCCUUAUGGUCAGAGAAGAUGCUUUGUAAUGUUUCAAUGUUUUGGAUUCUGCUAAGUCUUGCUUUAUGACCUAAUAUGUGGUCUACUCUAGAGAAUGUUCCAUAUGCACUAGAAAAGAAAGUAUACUUGGCUGCUGUUGGGUGGAGUGUUCUGUAUAUGUCUAUGACGUCAGUUUGGUUGAUCUUGGCAUUUAGAUCUUCCGUGUCUUUAUUGAGCUUCUUUCUGGAUGUCCUGUCCGUCACGGAAAGUGGUGUGUUGAAGGCUCCUACUAUUAUUGUGGCGCUGUCUAUCUCACUUUUCAGUGCUGCUAGAGUUUGUUUUAUGUAUCUUGCAGGCCUGUCAUUGAGUGCAUAAAUAUUUAAUAUGGUUAUAUAUUCUUGGUGUAUUGUCCCUUUAAUCGUUAUGUAGUGUCCUUAUCCUUUCUGAUGGAUUUAACUUUAAAGCCUAUUUUGUCAGAAAUUAAUAUCGCCACUCCUGCUCUUUUUUGAUUGUUGUUUGCUUGAUAUAUUUUUUUCCAUCCUUUGAGUUUUAGUUUUAUUUAUGUCUCUAAGUCUAAGCAGCAUAGAUGGAUCAUGUUUUUUUUUAAUCCAUUUUGCCACUCUCUGUCGCUUUAUUGGUGCAUUUAGUCCAUUUACAUUCAGUGUAAUUAUGGACAGGUAUGAAUUUAGUGCUAUCAUUUUGAUGUCUUUUUUUUGUGUGUUGUUGACAGUUUCUUUUUCCCACUUAAUUUUAUGUGCUUUAGUAGAUUAUAUUGGAAACUCUGGUGGCCUAGUGGUUAAGUGCUACGGCUGCUAACCAAAGGGUCGGCAGUUCGAAUCCUUCAGGCUCUCCUUGGAAACUCUAUGAGGCAGUUCUGCUCUGUCCUAUAGGGUCGCUAUGAGUUGGAAUUGACUCGACGGCACUGGGUUUGGUUUGGGUUUUUAGUAGAUUAUAUAUUGUCCUUUCCUUAUAUUUGUUGUUGUUGACUUUGUUUCUGCUGAGUCUCUAUUUUUUUCUUGUAUUUUAUUUUGAUGAGUAGGAUAGUUUAUCUCCUUUGUGGUUAACUUAUUAUUUACCCCUAUUUUUCUAAAUUUAAACCUAAAUUUUAUUUCUUUGGAUCACCGUAUCUUGCUCUCCAUAUGGAAGGUGUAUGAUUACAUUUCUUAGUCUCUCUUUAUUAUUUUAAUGUUGUCUUCUUUUAUAUAAUAACAUCGCUGUUACCCUGUUUUUAGUCUUUUUUUUUUAUAACCUUGCUUUGUUUUUUUGGAUUUCCCUGUCUGGGUUGACUUCUGAUUGCUCUCCCCAGUGUUCUAGUCUUGGGUUGACCUGAUAUUAUUGAUUUUCUAACCAAAGAACUCUCUUUAGUAUUUCUUGUAGUUUUAGUUUGGUUUUAACGAAUUCCCUAAACUUGUGUUUAUCUGGAAAUGUCUUAAUUUCACCUUCAUAUUUAAGAGACAGUUUUGCUGGAUGUAUGAUUCUUGGCUGGCAUUUUUUUUCCUUCAAUUUUUUAAAUAUGUCAUCCCGUUGCCUUCUUGCCUGCAUGAUUUCUGCCCAGUAGUCCGAUCUUAUUUUUAUUGGCUCUCCUUUGUAGGUGACUUUUUGUUUAUUCUUCGCUGCUCUUAUAAUUCUCUCUUUAUCUUUGGUUUUGGUAAGUUUGAUUAUAAUAUGUCAUGGUGACUUUCUUUUAAGAUCUACCUCAUGUGGAGUUCGAUGAGCAUCUUUAAUAGAUACCUUCUCAUCUUUCACGAUAUCAGGGAAGUUUUCUGCCAACAAAUCUUCGAGAAUUCUCUCUGUAUUUUCUGUUAUCCCUCCCUGUUCUGGUACUCCAAUCGCUCGUAGGUUAUUUCUCUUGAUAGAGUCCCACAUGAUUCUUAAGGUUUCUUCAUUUUUUUUUAAUUCUUUUAUCUGAUUUUUCUUCAAAUAUAUUAGUGCAAAGUGAUUUAUCUUCAAGUUCAGAAAUUCUGGCUUCUACUUGCUCCAUUCUGCUCCUCUGACUUUCUAUUGAGUUGUCUACUUCUGUAAUUUUAUUGUUAAUCUUCUGAAUUUCUGAUUGCUGUCUGUCUAUGGAUUUUUCCAGCAUAUUAAACUUUUCGUUAUGUUCCUGAAUAAUCUUUCUAAUUUCUUCAAUUGCCUUACCUGUGUGUUCCUUAGCUUGUUCUGCGUAUUGCCUCAUUUUCUUCCCGAUGGCUUGAAGGGUUCUGUGUAUUAAACUUUUGUAUUCUGGCUCUGGCAAUUCCAGGAAUGCACUUUCAUCUAGAAGAUCCCUGGAUUCUUUGUUUUCAGAGCUUGUUGAGGUGAUCAUGGUCUGUUUCUUUAUGUGACUUGAUAUUGACUGUUGUCUCCGAGCCAUCUACAAGUUAUUGUAUUAGUAUACGCUUGCUUACUGUGUCGUAGCUUCUUGCUUUGUUUUGUUUUUAUAUACUCACAUGGGUUGCUUUAGUGAGCUAGCUUGAUUAUUUUUGCCUUUGGAGCUCUGAUGUCCUGUCCUCAGACGGCUAGAGCUGUUUUCAGGUAUAUCAGUCCAGGAGUCCAUUCACUGUUCUUGAAUGAAUUCAGCUCAGGUUUCUAGGUAGCUGCUCAUCAAGUGUGUGGUACAGGCUCUGUCCUAGAGUCUCAGAGGGGCAGGGGUGAUUGGCAUAUAUACCAGUAUCUGACUGCAGCAGGGGGUCAUGCUCUGAACAAGGCAGGGGGCUGAGAAACGAUCCCCGAGUGUCUCUGAGGAAAGCGUGUCCCUGCUCCCUAGAGCGUGCGGGUGGGUGGGUUCUGAAGACGGACCAUGGGCACCCAAAGUUUUUGGUUGGAAGGACUGGAUACCAGUUAUCCUUGGACCCCUGUCGCGAGUGGCUGGGUGACCUGAGUGGAGCUACCAGUCCUUCGGUUCCUGAUGUGGGUAGGUGAGAACCUUGUUUAAUAGGCAAAGCAAUGUCAAACAUCAAACACCCACCUUUCCACUGCACAGCUGAAACGGUUAGAGUCUGCCAACAAGGGCCUAUUCUCCUGAAAUAGGCCCACACAGGUCUAUGCAGAAGGGAAAGGUGCUCAAAGUCCAUGGAUGGUUUAUGCCUGGACAGGAGCUGCUUCUGUCCUGAGCUCCCCCAGUUAGUGGAGCUAGCAAAUUAUCUUUUCCCCCAAAUGCAAAUUUUUUCCCUCCCCAAGGCCGGGAGGAUGGCUCUAGGUGCUCACCAGGGUCUAUCUCAGGCCCAGGGAUUCAGCCACUGAAGCCAGCUUGGGGGUGUGGGGUGCAGUAAAAUAUACGCAAGUACUUAGCUUUUGCCAAGAGUGCCGUUCUUCUCAGGUUCCGGAGGCGUGAGUAGGCUGUGCGACUGGCUGCUCCUCCCUGAGAAAACUGCAUCCAAACGCUAGUACCAGCCCGCCUCCGUUGCCGCUCCGGGAAUGGUGCCUGAGG